AUGACUCAAAGGCGUCGUUCUCCUGUUAACAAAAUGGCGGACACAUCAGAGAAUAGCGAAACAGCGUCAGUCGAAGGCUAUGAAAUGAAACCUGAGGAGAUGAAACUUCUAGAUCAACAGGAAGAAUUGGAAAAAGGGAAUAUAUAUGCAAACAAUCGGCUCAUUUUUCUUUUACAAUCCACCUUGCUAGGAUUGUCCUAUUCCAUGAUAUGGCCAACACUAUGGACAUAUAUACGAGAUGAAUUUGAUAUGAACAAUAUUUUUACUAAAUUUAUUUACAGCGUGACAUAUGUUGCGUAUCCAAUUGCUUCGAUGAUUUCAGCCUACUUGGUUCGAGAUGCAAAAAUGAGUACCAAAAAAACUAUACUUAUUUUAAAUAGUUUUGAAAUUAUUGGUAACUUGGUUUACACUUUGAUGUAUUUCCCUGGGCUGCCCGUUCUUGGGCGUUUUAUUGCUGGUUUGGGUGAUGCAUUUUAUGUGGUUUUAAUGAAAGAAAUGAAUCGAAGACAAACAGCUAACGAUCGCAUGACAAUGGAAUGUUUAGCCGCGUUCAUUUUCGGAGUGAUUGUCGCACCUGGGCUAAAUAUAAUCACAACAUAUUUGCAUUUCACGCUUGGUACAUGGAGGCUAAAUUCAAACAACUACCCAGGGUUGACAAUUAGUGUAUUGUUCCUGUUCAUACAAUUCAUCAUUAUCUUCUUUUUAUCUGAUGAAAGCAGUUCAGGUAAAACAAGCAAGGACGAAAAAAGUGAAGAAGCAAGAUUUCCGUUCGACCCAAUCUCCACAAUUAAAGAUUCGAAUUACCAGGCUGCUAUGGUGACGUUCUAUUCGUUCACUUACACCUACAUCGUAACAUCGUUCGAAAUUAUGAUCCCCAUGAUAAUCUACGAGCUGAUCCAAACCAAUGAAAUUGGCGCUAUGUUGUUAUACGCUGUGAUUGGUACAUUAUACGCCAUGUUUCUCGUGAUGACGAUGACUGUGUCUUUCAACCACCAAUUAGAAGUGUUCGUUGGUAUCUCAUCCGUGGCACAAGUUGGAGGGCUUUUUUCAUUGAUUUAUUUCAAUGAGUUCAUGAAACCAAGCGUUGGAUCAAUCGUCUCCUUGAUUGUCGUUGUGUUAGCCCUAACAACAAUGUGGUCGAUUGAUGACGUGUUGUUCAUAAACUUUGUACAAGUCGUCAUCUCACCCAACAAAAGAGAGGUCACACAUGACCUUAGAAAAGCUGUGUCCAAAUGCGCGUUCGCUUUAGCCGGUGUUACGGUACCAUUUUGGUUUUCAAAAGUUGUAUUCGUUGUUGGACCGGUUUUAAUAAUCUUGGUUUCGUUGCUAUUGGUUGUCUUUAUUAUCGUCAGAGUGUCAACUGCAAGACAGAGGUAA